AACCCUCUAUUAUCCUUAUCUCGAAACUUCAAGUCUUGUUCUGCCUUUUUGCAUAGAAUGAUUCAUUUCUUGGAAGAACAUCUGCGGAUUGAAGCAUGUUGAGCUCCAAAUUCAGAAACAUUCAUAUUGUUGAGAUCACUGAGAUGGGAGGAAUUAAACGAAGCUCCAAACAUGAUGGCGAUAUAUUGAAUGAGUCAGCGUGUGAGUGACGAGAUUGUGGCAAAGGCCAUGGAAGAAAUAAGAAGUGGAGCUUCUUCAGGUAGACAUGGAAAUACUUUACCUCAUGUUUACAAGGUUGGAGCUCCUCCUAAGCAGACACUUUGGCAAGAGAUCAAACAUUCUGUUGUUGAAACUUUCUUCUCAGACAAACCCUUUGAAAAAUUUAAGGACCAAACUGCCUCUGCAAAGUUUUUUUUAGGCCUCCAAUAUGUCUUCCCCAUUUUUGACUGGUCAAGGAACUACAAUCUUAAAAAAUUCAGAGGUGAUCUCGUUUCUGGACUCACCAUUGCAAGUCUGUGUAUCCCUCAGGACAUUGCAUACGCAAAGCUUGCAAAUUUGGAUCCCCAAUAUGCACUAUACACGAGUUUUGUGGCUCCUCUUGUGUAUGCUUUCAUGGGAAGCUCAAGAGAUAUUGCCAUAGGACCCGUAGCUGUGGUGUCCCUCUUGCUUGGAACUAUGCUAUCUGAUGAGAUCAGUGACUACCAUAGUCAUGAAUACCUGCGUCUUGCAUUCACUGCCACCUUCUUUGCAGGAAUCACUCAAAUGGCACUUGGCGUUCUAAGGCUUGGUUUUCUGAUUGACUUUUUGUCUCAUGCUGCCAUUGUGGGAUUCAUGGGUGGAGCUGCCAUUACUAUUGCACUGCAACAGCUUAAGGGUCUGCUUGGCAUACAAAAGUUCACUAAGAAAACUGAUAUUGUUUCUGUCAUGCGAUCGGUUUUCAAUUCAGCACACCAUGGGUGGAAUUGGCAGACAAUAGUCAUUGGAUUAGCAUUCUUGGCUUUCCUUCUUACAACCAAGUAUAUUGCUAAGAAGAAUAAGAAAUUCUUUUGGGUGGCUGCAAUUUCUCCUAUGAUCUCUGUCAUACUGUCUACCUUUUUUGUCUACAUUACCAGGGCAGACAAGAAAGGCGUGUCAAUUGUGAGACAUGUUAAGAAGGGUGUGAAUCCAUCAUCUGCUAGUGAGCUUUAUUUAAGUGGAAAAUAUCUAGGCGCCGGUAUUCGGAUUGGUGUGGUAUCUGGUAUGGUAGCACUCACGGAAGCUGUAGCAAUUGGGAGAACAUUUGCUGCCAUGAAAGACUAUUCACUGGAUGGUAACAAAGAAAUGGUGGCAAUGGGAGCAAUGAACAUUGUUGGUUCACUAACAUCUUGUUAUGUGGCCACAGGAUCUUUUUCUCGCUCAGCAGUGAACUUCAUGGCUGGUUGCAGAACUGCUGUUUCAAACAUUGUUAUGUCCAUGGUUUUGUUAUUAACACUGUUACUCAUCACGCCACUAUUCAAGUACACUCCAAACGCGGUGCUUGCUUCUAUUAUUAUAGCUGCUGUGCUUGGCCUAGUGAACGUUGAUGCAGCUAUUCUGCUUUGGAAGAUUGACAAAUUCGAUUUUGUUGCAUGCAUGGGAGCCUUCUUUGGUGUGAUCUUCAAAAGUGUUGAGAUUGGCCUUCUAAUUGCGGUGGGUAUAUCUUUUGCCAAAAUCCUUUUACAAGUGACAAGGCCAAGAACGGCAGUGUUAGGGAAACUUCCAGGGACUACUGUUUAUAGGAACAUCCAACAAUACCCCAAAGCCACCCAAAUUAAUGGCAUACUGAUUGUCAGGGUUGACUCUGCUAUUUACUUCUCCAACUCCAACUAUAUCAAGGAGAGAAUUUUGAGAUGGCUGACAGAUGAAGAAGCCCAAAGGACAACAAGUGGCUUGUCUAGAAUAGAGUAUCUCAUCGUUGAAAUGUCACCUGUUACUGACAUUGACACAAGUGGCAUCCAUGCCUUUGAAGAGUUAUACAAGAGCCUUCAGAAAAGGGAGGUCCAGCUUAUGUUGGCAAACCCGGGGCCAGUUGUGAUGGAGAAGCUCGACGCAUCCAAGUUAACAAACUUAAUUGGGGUAGAUAAAAUAUUCCUAACAGUGGCUGAUGCUGUUUCAACUUUUGGUCCAAAGGGUGAAGGUGUAGUAUGAACAAAUUCAAUAACUGCUUCAAUUCAACCGUUGAAGUCAAAGAUGCAGUAAAGGGUUGGGGAAAGCUGUUCAAGGAGCUCCUUAGAAAGCUUAUGAGCAGUGUUAUGUAAAUUUCUCAUAAGUAGUUCUGUUUGAUUCUCUUCGAUUUUUAAUCCCAGUCGAUGUAUAAAACAUAAGGAAUAUGAAAUAAAUUUGGUUUGAUUACA